GUCAUUUUAGAUUCAUUUGCAAAUGCACAUCCCGAAAGUUUAUGCAAAAACUAGAAUAGUUUUGCAAUUUUUAGCUGGUGCUAUUCACAACAAAUUGAAUAUUAACAAAACAUCGAAACAGUUUUAAUUUAAAAUUAUAAAUUAAUACAUCAGCAUUCGUAUAAUAUCUAAUACUUGCAAAUAAAAUUUUGGGUUUGUGCAGGCAAAGUUUUUUUCUUGUAAUGCCAGGAUUUCAUUUUAAUGAAAUGGGCGAAAUGGUGUUGGACAAAAUUGAUGAAAUUGGAGUUAUAGAUGUCUAUGAAAUGGCGUCCGAAAUAGGCAAAGAGUAUGAAAAAAUUAUUGAACGGUAUGGUGCUGAUGCCGUAACGGGACUUAUGCCAAAAAUCAUUAACACGCUUGAAUUGUUGGAAGCUUUAGCAACAAAAAAUGAACGGGAAAAUGCAACAAUACAAGAAUUGCGUGAUAAAGUUGCACAACUUGAAAGUGAGAAAUUGGAAAAAGCAGAAUUCCGAAAACGUUUUGAUAGGGAAUUGGAAACAAUUGAAGAUCAGUGGCGCACUGAAACUAACGAGUUGUUGGAUUUAGUUUCGUCAUUACAAGAUGAAAAUAAGCGACUAGUUAAGCAAACCGAAGAUUUGCAGUCUGCGUCUGCGCAUUCAUCUGGCUUAGGUGCCAGUCUAACCGAAAGUAUUAUGAGCAUUACUAACAACGAACUGCAUAGCGCGCUAUCAGAUACACAAGUAUUACAAAGGCUUAAAGAACAAAUCUACAAGCAACGUGAUGAAUUGAAACACAAAGAGCGGGAACUUCAGGACAAGUAUAUUGAAAUUGAAAAUCUCAAUGUUCAACAAGAACGUUUGAAAAUUUCUGGUCGCGAUACUCGUCGAAGGCAGAAAGUUUUACAAACGCAAGUGAGAAAUUUAUGUGAAGAGCGCGCAGAUUUUUUGGCGCAACUUCAAGAUCAAUAUCGAGAAAUAAAUCAUUUACGCAAAAGUCUUGGAUUGGCCGAAAAAGAAAAUGAGGAUUUAGUAAAAUCGCAAGGGGAUGAUCCAAAUGAUCCCAACAGGCCACGUUAUACUACACUUGAACUGAAAGAAUUAUUAAAUGAGCGUGAUGAACUUUUGACAACGAUUGAGAAUUUAAAUGAUGAAUUAAAAGCACUGAAACCACCAGAAAAACUAUCGAAACGUAAUAUUGACUCAAGUACUGAUGAUGAUGAUGAUGACAUCGACUGUGAUGAUGAGUCACAAACAAUUGAAGCAUGCGCUAGCGGCACACCACCUAGCCAUGAUGCACCAGUACAAGGUCCGUUGCCUUAUGAACCAGAUGAUGCACCAUGGAAGAAGAGCACAGAAUCCGGUAUUCGGAAAUUCUUUCGAAAAUUAUUUUCGGAUCCAUCGGAAGCUAAUAACACUUUUCCCAAACGUUCCUUCGCAACUUUGUCCAAAAUGGCUUUGUCUGCUACUCCUGGUAGUACAGAUAUAAAGUAAGAUAAUUAUGUAUUGUAUUUACGUACGAGGCAUUUUAAUAUGGAUCAAUUAAUUUCGUAAAGCAACAUACAUGCACGCGGAAAAACCAAAAAUUACUUGUUGAUUAUCAUAUAGUUAAGUACAUUUUUUUUACACUUAUUUAUAUAUGUAUUUUAUAUAUACUAACACAAACAGGUGCACAAGCCAAAAAUAACCUAAGGUUACAAAAUUUUUAUUUAUUUUUAAUUUCGUUACUAAUUAUUUAAAUAUAACCAAAAUCAAAGAAAUUUAAUACAUUGUAAAUUAUUUUGACUGAAUCAAAUUUCGAAUGUUUAACACUUGUAUUUUAUAAAAUUUUUUGUUAAUGUAGAGUGUUAAUUAGUUACUCACAAUU